AUGUCGGUCGUCGACCCCGCACUCGCGAACCCCAUCCGCCCCGCCUUCGCCAUCCCGGGCGAGGCCAUCAAGGCUGGCGGAACGCCCGAGCCCGGGGCCGUCGUGCCACAGGAGCCGGCGGGAUCGCGCGCCGUCAUCGCGGCGCUCAAGAUGAUCAAGCAUCCGGAGGGCGGCUACUUCGUCGAGACAGACCGCGACCAGCGGCGCGUGGCCAACCCUUUCCACGCGUCCUACGACAGCGGCAUGACGGCCGUGUCGACGAAGCAAUGCUUCGCCGAGACGACGGCAGAGGAAACCGACGGCAAGGGCGGCAACGAGAAACUCUGGACCGACCUCACGCGCAGCGCCAGCACCAGCAUCUACUACCUCCUGACGCAGGGCCGCAGCUUCGGGCGGUUCCAUCGGAAUAAGGGGAGGACGGUCCACACGCUGCACAAGGGCCGCGCGCGCUACGUCAUUAUCCAUGCUGAUGAGGUGGUCAAUGGCGUUCGCCCUGCGGGUCAGGCCCGCAUCGAGACGUACGUCGUUGGCCAGGACGUGGCGGCUGGCGAGCGCCUGCAGUGGGUCGUUGAGGGGGGCAAGUACAAGGCUAGCUUCUUGCUGCCGGAUGAGGACGGCGCUGGUGCUGCUUCUGCGAGCAAGGACGGGUGUUUGAUUAGUGAGACUGUUAUCCCCGGCUUUGAGUUUGCGGACCAUGACUUCUUGAAGCCGGAGGGCUUGGUGGAGCUCGUGGGCGAGGAGCGCGCGGCUGAGCUCGCGUGGUUGCUGACCAAGAGCUCGGAGUGA